AAAAAAACACACCACCCAAACCAAGUCAGGGUAACUGCCUCCUCCCAGGGUCAAAGCAAGCCAUUCCCCAAGCAUUAUUCGAGCUCCGACUGUCUGACUGGAUGUAAGAGAAGUUAACAAGGACUAGGAAAAGUUUGUUUUCCACUGAAGUCAUCUAAGGCCAUUUCCCACGACAGGAGUGGAGCACCAGCAUGGUGAGAAACAUCGAUGACUUCGAUUUUUGCCUUCCAUCCCACCCCCAGUCUAUUCUGGAAGGACUUCAGACCCUUCGCUCCAAUCCAAAACUCUCAGAUGUCACCUUGAUAGUCGAGGGACAUGAAUUCCCCUGCCACCGCAGUAUCCUGGCCCUCUGCAGCCACUAUUUCAAUGCCAUGUUUGCCGGCGACUUCUUGGAAAGCAUUUCAGCUCGUGUAGAGAUCAAAGAGGUGGAUCCAGCCAUUAUGGAGACCUUGAUUGACUUUGCUUACACAGGGAAGGUGACCAUCAACCAAGGGAAUGUGGAAGCCUUAAUUCGGACAUCCAACCAACUCCACUUCCCCGUCCUCCGGAAAGUCUGCAGUCGGUACCUGAGGCAGCAGAUGGAUGCGACCAACUGUUUGGGCAUUUGUGAAUUUGGGGAGCUGCAUGGCUGCCCAGAAGUGUCAUCUAAGGCCUGGUCAUUUCUGCAGGAGAAUUUUGAACUUGUGUCUCAACAAGAGGAGUUCCUGCAGCUAUCCAAAGAGAGGCUGGUUAUCUACCUGUCCAACAACUUGCUCCAAGUACAAGAAGAGCAGAGUCUAGUUGAGGCUGUGCUGAGGUGGGUGAAGUAUGAAAAGUCUGCUAGAGCCAUGCACCUUCCAGAACUCCUUGAUCUAGUGCAUCUGGUUUCAUUGCCAGAUCAGUACCUGCAGAACCUCUUGUCAUCAGAACCACUGAUUCAAGAAUCGGAGGCUUGCAAGACCAUCAUCACUAGACAUCGUAGCACGUUGGAGAACAGGCCAUUUGUCCAGCAGAGACUGAAGGCCCUGCCACAAAAGCUUGAGGAGGUGUUAGUGGUGGUGGGAGGCAGAGCUCUGGAAGAGAAUGAAGAAGAUGAACAGCAACCACUAAUCUCCAGGAAUUUUGCCUUUUAUAACACUAAGACUAAAAGUUGGAAUGCUCUGCCUGAUUUUCCAGACUACAAUAAAUGGGGUUUUUCUGUGAUUGCUCUAAAUAAUGAUGUUUAUGUCACAGGUGGCUCCAGAGGAUCACGGAAUGACACAUGGUCAACAACUCAGUCCUGGUGCUUCUGCCUCAAGGAUGGUGCCUGGAAGCCCAUUGCACCAAUGCUGAAGCCACGAACCAACCACGCCAGCGCUGUCCUCAAUGGAGAGAUCUAUGCCAUUGGUGGCACCGCGGUGGACGUUGUGGAGGUGGAGUGUUAUGAUCCUUAUAAUGACAGCUGGUGCUUUGUGAGCCCUGCCUUGAAGUACGUCAGCAACUUCACCAUCGCCGGGUGUCUUGGGAAGUUGUACCUCAUUGGCUCUUGUGCUGUCAAAUACAAUGCAUUAACCCUGCAGUGUUACAACCCUGCAAUAGAUGUGUGGAGUGUAAUUGCAUCCCCUUUCAUCCCCAAAUACCUCUCUGCUCCUCGAUGUGCCUCUCUGCAUGGAGCCAUCUACCUUAUUGGCGACAACACAAAGAAAGUCUAUGUGUAUGAUCCAGAUGCUAAUAUAUGGCAGAAGGUGCAACAGCUUCACACCCUCCAUGAAAACGGAGGGAUGGUACCUCUUGGAGGAAAACUCUUUGUCACCGGAGGAUACUGGAAGGGCAUGGACGGUGACUAUCAGGUGGAGAUGGAAAUUUAUGACUGCGCUAAGGAUGUCUGGAGAAGGGAAGGAGCCCUCCCCUGCUUAUGGCUCUACCACAGCUCCUCCUCUAUCUUCAUGGAUACUUCAAGGUGGAGGGAACCUUUCCUAGGUGACCAUUUGUGAACAGAGGAUGGAACAAGGCCUCACAGCACAGCAGCUCCUGCCACAAGUUCGGAAAAGGAACAGAGUUUUCAAUAUCACACUUGUAUACUUCCUUUUGCCUUUUUUUGUUCAGACCGUUUGAAUGGUUCUAUCCCCCCCCCCCACUACAGCUCUUGUUGGGCUGAAUCACCUUGCCCACAUAAUUAGGAUGGAUAACUUUGGUCACAGCACUAGCACGAAAACACCAGUGGAGAACAUGAAAUGAUAACCUGCCUUUAUAAAUUGCAAGAAGCGAGGGGUUAAAACAGAAAACCCUGCAGUGGACAUAUCAUCAGAAACAAAAGACUGCGUUAACCUCUAUGGUUAAACAUAGUGCCAGGCUGCCUUGACAGUGUCUACCAACAUAAUGUGUGAAUUAGGAGCUUACAGAACUUGGCCAAGAAAACUUGGCAAUUUUUAAAACAUUGUUCAGUGUCCAUUCUGGAACAAUGCCGCAGCUGAGACCUGUGAGAUUCCAGUGCACAGCACAUGAUGAGUAUUAUGCUCAUUUUGCUAGAGAACCUGAGUUCCCUGAGCAAUGCUGCCCGCAGUUAAGUGUGCAUAAGUCCAUUGAUGUCAUUGAUUGCUUCACUCUUUUGGACUGUGGCCAGAGUCCGAAAGGGGCCAGAAGUAACGUGAGCCAGCUCUAAAUUAAAACUAGAAGUCUCUCAGUGCUAAUUUGAGAUCGUGGUGACUAAGAUCGAUGAGUGACAUUAGUGACCCAUUUAUCAGAAGUUUCUCCGGAAUUCUUAUUUUUAUAUCUGUUUUUAUUGCCCUGGGAUUCUUUCUGCACUUCACGAGGCACAUUUUCUGUUCAGUUUAAAUAUCUUGCAUGUGGACUGUUAGAAUUUUACCUGUAAAAUGGAGACUCGCCUCUUCCUGUUGAUUUCAACAAUUCAUCAGUAUGGUCAAGAAAUCUGAUAAUAACUUCA